UAUAAAUGCCGCCACCCAUGGAUGAGUUCCACUUGCACUUGUUCUCUUUCCUUCCUCCUCCUCCUUCCACCACCACAUUCGCCAAUCUCAUCCCUUUCCUGUCCACAAAUCUCUUUCUCCCUCACAAAACUACAAUAACCCUUUUUGCACAUUUUUCCAGAUUUUCAUCUUUCCCAAAAGAAAUCAAUUCAAUUCUUUUAUGGAUUCCUGAUAUUUUUUUCCCCCAAUUCUUUUUUUCUCCGACUGACCCACAUGAAUGUUUCCCUUUCAAACCCUAACCCUUUAUCCCAUCUCCUAUAUUAGAUGAUAAUAAUGAUCUAGCCUCCCCAGCAAAUAUUAACAAAAGUCCAUUCUUUUUUUCAUUUUAAUAAAAAAGAUUCAUUUUUUGUGGUUUUGAAUACAAACCCUUAUCAUGGCUGUCGCCUAUAAGCAUUAUUUGAGCUCUGAGAAGCCCAUCAAAUCUGUGGAGUCAAUGAUGGUUUCUACCCAACCAUCAUCCUCGCCGACGAACAGGGCUUCCAAGGUUCUUUUAACCCAAGAUGAGCUCAAAAAGAUAGCGGCUUAUGAAGCUGUUAAAUUCGUUCAAUCGGGCAUGGUUUUAGGCCUGGGAACAGGGUCCACAGCCAAACACGCGGUGGAUAAAAUUGGGGAGCUUUUGAAACAGGGUAAAUUGAAGAACAUUGUUGGGAUUCCUACCUCUAACGUGACGAGGGAUCAAGCAAUUUCCGUUGGGAUUCCUCUCUCAGAUCUUGAUAAGCAUCCGAUUAUGGAUUUGUCCAUUGAUGGGGCGGACGAGGUGGACCCUCAUAUGAAUUUGGUCAAGGGCAGAGGAGGGUCAUUGUUGAGGGAAAAAAUGGUUGAGGCUACAAGUAAGAAGUUUAUUGUUAUUGUCGAUGAAUCCAAGCUUGUGAAGUAUAUUGGAGGGAGUGGAUUGGCUAUGCCUGUUGAGAUUGUUCAGUUUUGUUGGAAGUUCACCCUUAGCAGGCUUGAAAUGUUGUUUAUGGAAGCCGGUUGUGUGGGUAAAUUGAGGAAGUUUGGGGACUCCGAGGAACCUUUUGUUACUGACAAUGGGAAUUACAUUAUUGAUUUGUAUUUUAAGAAGGAUAUCGGGGACUUGAAGGCUGCGAGCGAUGCAAUCUUGAGGCUUCCUGGUGUUGUGGAGCACGGGAUGUUUCUCGACAUGGCGACAACUUUGAUUGUUGCUGGUGAGCAUGGUGUCCGGGUGACCAAUAAGUUAACUUGAAGACGGAGGUAGCUUUCCUGUUAGUUCUAUCUAUUUAGUUUUAGCUGACAUGCUAGGGGAUCUAGUAGGUUGCAAGAUUUACUCUUGAUUAGAUUGGAGGGAGGUUUUCAGUGGCUCUUUUUGUUAUUUUGAAAGUUGGCAUUGUCUCUCCUAUUGUUCCAAUUUAAUGAAUUUUGAUUGUCUUGGGGCACAAUUCGGUGAAAUAACAUAAAUUCUUUAGAUGCUCCCUGGAUUUCUACUUAUUUUCUCUUCCUUUUGUUGUUUUGAGUUCUUGGCAUUUUGUUGCAAUGGAAUUCAAACUUUUAAGCUUUUGAUACUCGGAUGUUAUUGCAAUAUUUUUGCUUACCCUGACAAAGAGCUACAGGUUUUGAAAAUGGUAGCUUUGCAUAUGCAGUUGUGGUUUCAGAGUUUAUGUAGCUUGUGUAUAGUUAAAUAUCAUUGUUAACAAUUUUGGAGGGGAUUGUAUAUUCCAUAUAUGCCCAUGAAUUCAUUAGACUGUAAGCCCCAUCUAUGUACUGCCCCAAGGAUCUCUGGCUUCAGUUCGUUCAGAAAUCACUCUACUUACUUGGCGACUGCUUUAUCAUGUGUUUUAUUUUUUUUGUUAUGUAAAAAAUCACAAACUCAUAAGAAAUCGUGCACAAUUUGACAUGAUUUUCCUAUUGUAAAAACAGCCUUUGCCAGCUGCUGUAUGUGCAUACUCUUGGAUAGCUUUUAUAUGUUCAUUGGUUUAUCAUUGGAUUUGGGGAUGUUCAGUAUGAUCUUUAUGUGGAAGAAAUACAUUGUGUGAAUUCUUGUGUUGUUCCUCUUGUCCAGCUUAAAAUUACAAUGUUAGUUGUGUCACCCUUAUUAAUCUGUUGUUGUAUCUGCAACGAAUGUUCUGUAAGUGAACUCCAGCUAUAUGUUUUGUGGUUUUGCCAAUGCAAAUGUUUGUUAUAGCUAUGCUAACAGAAAUUGUAAAAUGGAGUCUCAAAAGAUCUCGAUCAACAAAAUAGAUAAGAAUAAGUGCAUUUUUUGCUCAUAUGACUAUGAAUUUCAGAGAUAGAUUUUUGAAAUGUUUUAGUUUACUGGCGAUAAUAUAAUGCAAUUCUGUGAUAUCGCAUUUUUUAUGCCAUUGUUGGAACUUCUGUUUCAAACUGGGAGCCUGCAGACUAGUUACAGCUGCUUGUUUAGUUUCAAGGUUGAUAUUUGGCUGUCAAAAUGUUUCAUUUAUGAGUUACCAAGCUGAUAUUAUGUUUCAUACUGAUUCAAUCAGCAUAUUGGUUAUAUAUAAUAGCCCAUGCCACUAUUUGUGAAUUUAGAUCUCAUUGAUGCAAUACUGCAGAGUUUCCAGUUCAUUUCUAGUAUGUAUAUCUCAUUGAUAAGAAACAGAAUUGUUGCUUGGGUGUUUCUAUCAAGCCCCCCCAAAAAAAAACAAAACAGAAUUUAAGACACCAAAUGGUUGAAGGACAUCAAUGUGCUGCAUGCUGUAAAAUCUUUGCUUCUUACUGUAUCAGAGCGAAGACUGGUGGAAAUGAUGGUAGAAAAGAAUUUGAACUUGAACUUGAAGCCAGGCAUCAUGUUUCUUUAAACUUCCCGUACUAGACAGAAUAAGCUAUUUGAGGCCAAGUGGACUCCCAGUUGAACGGGGUCUGAUAGUGGGAGUGCAUUUGUUUCUUUUGGUACUGUUAUUAUUGAUAUGUUGUUAACAAAAUCAGACCUCACCAGGUCUUCAACAGUCACAAAGGUUGGGGAAGAUAUGCCAAAAAAAUGCUUUUUACAAAUCAAUGCAUUCUGAUUUAAUAACACUAUUAUGCAAUUCUUUGCUAAAAAAUCUUUUCAUUUAGGAACUAGAGUUUACGGAUUUACCGUGAACAAAAGACAAGACAAGAAGUGAACAACUGUAAAUUAGGCUUGUCCCACAAACCUAACUUGGCUACCUCUCUCAAUUCUCAAUGUACCGUGAAAAGGUUCUCUGUAUGCUUGAUCUUCAAGUUUUCAUCUUUUUGAGCUAUAUGAAAUGCUUUUAACCUGUCUUGGUUUAUGAUGUUUAUAAACAUCAAUUGUAUGAAGUAUCAUCUGAUCCAAUGGCUUGAAAGUUAAGCUCCUUCGGAUGACCUAUGCUGCUCUCACUUGUCUUGUUGAAACACUUGGUCAUCUGUUUUGUUUCCCAUAUUUUGGUUUGAAAAUCAAUGAACUGACUAUUGAGGCUUGUAUAAGUAAAGUGGCAAUUGAAGAUUUCAAUACUAAUUAUGUAUUUGAGAAAAUUUUUAUAACACUUGAGGAGAUGAUGUGGAUUCAGCUUACAAUCUCAGAGGUUCCAAUAGGGAACUCGAUAAGUUCAUAUAUACCCAGGAAGAUACAGAAGUUGAAGAACAGAUAAAGAAAACUCUUGGAGAUCUGUUGGAUUGUGUUCCUAGCUAUAGUUAAUAUGGCUGGUCUUCUCUCGAGUCAGGAGGACAACUGAAUUCCGGAAGAGUAUUGGUGAUAGCCUAACUUCAGUUGUCACUGAUAAUCCAGAAUGGUGAACUAAAAAUACUUUCUCUGAGUUCAGCCACUUGCCUCAUUGUCAGAAAGCCUGUUUUCUUUACAUGGGAGGUUUCCCUGAAGAUUGUUAAAUUUGAGGCUGAGAAGUUGGUUAAUUUGUGGAUUGCUGAAGGCUUCUUGCAUCAGAAGCAGAGAUGAGUACAGCUAAACAUAAGGGUGAUCCGAAAGCUCUGGGACAGCUUACUGAGAAUUAUAAAGACCCAAAGCUCUGGAACACUUAGCAGGGUAUUAUUUGGAUCAUCUUAUUUCUAAGAGCUCACUUCUUGCUUGGAAAGAGAAGUUCUAAUGACAAAACGAAAACUUGUUGCAGCCAUGAUGUCUUGCUGGAAUUUGCGUGAAGGAAGCUCAGGCUUUAAGUCUUAUGUGUCUAAAGAAAGGGUGCAGAAGUAUUACCCGUCAAUGGAAGCAUUCAGCAUCGUAUAAGUUUCCAGUCAAAAGUUUGUCAUGAUUUUCGAACAGUGCCUUCAAUGUCAUUUAUGUGGUCUUUUCUGUGUUUUUCCAUGAGCUCUAGUUUAGAAUUUUGAUCCUGAUACCAUCGUUGGUUUCAAAUUACUAAGCAUUUGAACAGUUUCCUUUUCCAAUGAUAACGUUGGUUCUCUCAAGGUAACUAGCACUUACAGCUGCAUUUGAGCUUCCAAAAUCGGUUUCUCAGGUAAGGUUCAAAGUUUGAACACGACUCAUUCAUGGUCCCUGGAUCAGCCAGGAUAAUUGGGAAGUCCCAGCUUUGUUCUUGUAGUACUGGAAGAUGCCUUGGUUAAGAAAGCUUCAUACCAGUAUGACAGUGAACUUGAUGUCCGUUUGCUCCCAAGACAAUAUCAUUUGCCAACUGUACCAAGGAAGCGCUUGCCAUUGUGCUUCAUCUUAGUAUCUGGAGUGUGUGAAACCGAAGAUGAUCUGAUCCGAUUGCUUAUCCAAGUGCAUCCAGAAUCUUCUCUACCUUUAUGAACUUGGAACUGAAGUGUUUCUUCAAUGAACCGAAGGCAAAAAAAUUCUUGCUCCAGGUAUUUUGCCUCUUAACCUCCAAAAGUUGAUAUUAAGUGGGGAGUUACAGGCCAUGGAAGAGUAUUAUCUAUGUUGCCCUGCUGCCUUGUCUUGAGUUCGUAAGUUGAGGAUCAGAAUGGGAGCCAUCUGAAGAAGGAUUUCGAUAGUUAAAGCACUUGCUGAUUGGGACCUAUUUUUUUAGGUCUUGCAAGUUCUUGGAGGAGAUACCGUGGAGAAAUUUCUACUUUGCAGCUAGUUGAGUUGCACAACAGCAGUGUAUCUGCUGAGGUAUCUUCUGAAGAAAUUUGAGAACAAGUGGACGGCCUCGAUAUUCAUAUCACAAGAUCGUGAUUGUAAGUGAAAUUUUAGCAUUUACAAAGUUUCUCAGCAUUUUCAGCAUCACCAUAGAUGUUCGCCGAAUCCCUUCGAAUCAUAUAAACUUGUACUUGAUGCUUUUUUCCUGCAUCUACUAUUCUUCCCUGGUGCAAAAUCUACUAGGUUUGGUUGCUGCUUCUUUGAAUCACUCAAAUCUAACAAUUGAUGAAUCACG